AUGUCAUUCUUGUUAAUAUAUAUAAUUUAAAAUUAUAAUUUCUAUAUGAUUUAUUUUUAAAUGUUCUAAAAUUUUUAUUAAUAAUAUUGCUUUUAUUUAUAUUUUUAUUUUCAAAUAUUUUAAAUAUAUUAUUAUAAUCAAAUAAAAAAUUUAUUUGGUUAAGAUUAAACAAAAAAAACUAAAUGCAUCAACUUUUAUAAUUAAAAAAUAAUAGUUAAUUUGGGCAAAAUUAAAAGGAUAUCCUUGGUGGCCUUCAUAUAUUCAAAAUUACACAUAAAAGGAUGUAACAGUAGUAUUUUUAGGAGAUUUUUCAUAGUAAUUUUAUUUAUAAUUGUUUAAAAAAAUAAAAUAAAAUAUUAAUUUGGAAUAAUUUAUAUUUUUAUUUUGCUUACUAUAAUUAAAAGUGCAACAAUAAAGCUUGAUUAGAUUUGCGAUUUUAAAGAAAAUUAUUCUAAAUAUAUUAAAAAUGCAAAUCAAAAUAAUACUAAAUUAAAAUAAGCUGCUUUAAUUGGAUUAAAAAUAUUGGAAGGAAAAUCAACUUGUGAAGAAGAAAAAAAAAAUGCAGAUAAAAAAUUGUAAAAUAAAAAAUCAUAAAAUAAUGCAGAUACAGAUGAAGAAGAUGAAGAUGAUUUAGAAUUUGAUGAAGAUGAAUAUGAUGAUGAAGAUUAUUUAGAAUAUGAAAAUGCUUAAUAAUAAUAAAUAAAAUAAAUAUCAAAUGAAUAAGGAAAUGAAUAAAAAAAUAUAAACAAAAAAGAAAAAAAAGAAAAGGAAAAAGAAAGCAAAAAAUUUGAAAAAAUAAAAUAAAAAAUGACUUAAAUAUAAACAGAAAAAAAUGAAUAAAAAAAAUUAUAAUCAUAAGAAGAAAAGCCAUAAAAAAAUAAAAAACAGAAAACGAUAAAAAAAUAAAAAAAAAUAAAAAAAUUUAAAUUUUGA